UGCAAAACACAGUUAGCCCAGGAGUUUUGACUUGUGUUGGCUUUCUGAGAAGUUGGAAGCUAUGAAAGGAAUUACUGCGCUUCUUUUUCUGUUACAUGCUACAGCUGUUAACACAGGGUCACACUCUCUCUGGGUAUUUGCAACAUUUAUACAUGGACAGACCCAAUUCCCAGAAUUCAGUGGAGUGAUUAUGUUGGAUGAUCUUCAGGUGCUGUACUAUGACUGCAACAUAAAGAAAGUGAUCUCUCGAAGCCAACCAAGCUCAACAAAUGUUGUUGAAGAUUUUAUCCUUAAAGAUGCAAACAUUGGGAUGGAAGACAUAUAUAAUUCCAUGAGAAAUCCAGCCCAUCAUGCAAACCUCUUCUCCAAUCACACUGGAGGAGUUCAUGUUCAUCAGAGGCUGGGUGGAUGUGUGCUGGACAAUGACAAGCCCAGCUCACUCAUGGGGUGGGAAGCUUAUGAUGGAACAGAAGUGUCACAUUACGACAUGCAUAAGCGCACUGUCAGCCCUCAAUGGCCACAGCUUAAGUGGAACACAGAGACAGAAGAAUCCUAUCGAAUGGAUUAUACAACUGUUUAUCAACCUAUUUGUAUCCAAAUGCUGAAGUACUAUCUGGAGAAAGAGAAGAACAUUGUGUUAAGAAAAGAGCGUCCCAGAGUCAGGCUGAUCCACAAGCCAUGCACUGAGACUGGAGAAAUGAAGGUGAUCUGUCUGGCCACGGGCUUCUACCCCCGACACAUCAACCUGACCAUGCUGAGAGAUGGCCAUCCCAUCCCAGAUGAGGAGCUGAUUCUGGGGGAGGUGUUACCCAAUGGAGACGGGACCUACCAGACAAGGAGAACCCUGAGUAUCCGUUCAGAGGAACUGAGAGAGAGACAUCAUUACACCUGCUCUGUCACACACCUUACCCUGGACAACAAGCUGGACAUAAACUGGGAACCAGAGGAAGGCUCAGAUGUUGCAGUCAUCUGUUCUCUGGUUGUAGUGCUGGUUUUGGUUCUUGUCUUUACCAUCGCUGUAUUUGUCGUCUAUAAGAGGAGACGCAGAGUGACUUUUCUGAGAGUUGACUCUGCAUCAUGACUGCUUGCUAAAGUUUCAGAGUCAGAAGACACAGCUUCAUGUUACUGUUUGUUCACACCACUGGCAUCUAGUGUACAAGUGCAGGCCAUUAUCUGCGUGACAACAUAUAGGCUCCAGCACCUCUUAUUCUAUUUCACCUGUAUUCUGUGUAUAUCAUUUACAGUUAAUGUAUGUAUAUUUUAAUAUUGAAUGAUGUAAUUGAUUAGAAAGACAUGAGAGACAGAAGUAAAAGGGUGAAGUGCAAACACGUUCUUUCUACAAACAUCACAAUUAAGGAAAA